UGGAAGAAGAGAGAGUGGCCAGGUGUGUCGCGGCUUCGCCGAGAAGGAGGAAGAGAACGUGGUGGAGGUCGUGGUGUGUCGUUGACGAGGAAGAAGGAAAGGAAAGAAGGUGGAGGAAGACGAGGAAGAAGAAAAGGAAGUCUCUCUCUCUUUCUCCGGGCGGUCGUUUUGCGCACGAGAAGCAAGGGAGGAGGAAGAGGAGUAGGAGGACGAGGAGUAGGAGUAGGAGGAGGAGGAGGAGGAGGAGGUGGUGGUGUUGGAGAAGGAGAAGGAGGAAGAAGAGGAGAGCGGCCGGUGCGUGUGAAGAAGAGAAGAAGGGAGGCGAGGAGAAGGUGCAACGUGGUGUAUAUUUCCUUGCGAUAAGUCUAAAGUGUUCCUCUUUGAAAGGAAAAUCGACGAGCGGGGGUCGAGUGUGGUGUGCUUUUUUUAAAGUGGUGCCCCAGCACGAAGAGGGAAUCGCCAGCAGGGCAGAGGCUCGAACGCAUGUAGGAACAUGGCCGCAUCCAGCCCCUGCCUCCCUCUAGAGGUUGGCAGCAGCGCAAGAGGCGGCACAAAGGGACCCUGGAUACGCGAGUCAGUACAGGAGAAGGCAGAAGUUGGCCGGACUGAGUGGUCGCGGUGACUGGACUAGCUUUGGAGGGGAGGUAACUGGUGGUCCGGUGGAUAUGGCGCCAGGCCGGGAUCAGGGCGGAGGGGCGGGUGGAGGCGGGGGAGGACAGCCCAAAUCCAAGGGCACAACCUCGCUGUUCAUCCUUUCAGAGGAUAACUGUAUAAGGAAACACACCCGCUUCAUCAUCGAGUGGCCGCCCUUUGAGUACGCCGUCCUGUUAACCAUCAUCGCCAAUUGCGUGGUCCUCGCCCUCGAGGAGCACCUGCCCAAACAAGACAAGACCAUACUCGCACAGAAACUCGAGGCAACGGAGAUCUAUUUCCUCGGGAUAUUCUGCGUCGAGGCGAGCCUUAAGAUCCUCGCCCUUGGCUUUGUCCUCCACCGCGGCUCCUACCUACGUAACAUCUGGAACAUCAUGGAUUUCUUCGUCGUGGUGACCGGGUUCAUCACGGCGUUCUCGCAGGGCAUAGAACUGGAUAUGGAUCUGCGCACGUUGCGUGCGAUACGCGUGUUGCGACCGCUCAAACUUGUCUCCGGCAUACCGAGUCUUCAGGUGGUGUUGAAGUCCAUCAUAAAAGCAAUGGCGCCGCUUCUGCAGAUCGGAUUACUGGUUCUUUUCGCGAUCGUGAUAUUCGCCAUCAUCGGUCUUGAGUUUUAUUCGGGAACUCUGCAUAAAACGUGUUACAGUAUAAAGGACAUCAGUGUGAUCGUGAAGGAGGGCGAGAAUCCGGACCCGUGCAACACGGAUAUUCAAUCCGAGGCGCCGUUUGGUGCCCACGUGUGCAACGCGAGUAUCUCGACGUGUUUGGAUCAUUGGGUGGGACCAAACUACGGCAUCACCAGCUUCGACAACAUCGGAUUCGCUAUGCUCACUGUCUUCCAGUGCAUCACUAUGGAGGGCUGGACUUCCAUAUUGUACUGGACAAACGACGCUCUUGGAAGCACGUACAACUGGAUUUACUUUAUACCAUUGAUCGUCCUUGGCUCCUUCUUCAUGCUGAACUUAGUUCUUGGUGUCCUGAGCGGAGAGUUUGCGAAGGAGAGAGAGAAGGUGGAGAACCGGCAAUCCUUCCUGAAAUUGCGAAGACAACAGCAGCUCGAGCGCGAACUGAAUUGCUACCUCAAUUGGAUCUGCAAAGCAGAAGAGGUAAUUCUCGCCGAAGAGAGGACCACGGAGGAAGAAAAAAUGCACAUAUUAGAAGUGAGAAAAAGAGCAGCGGCGAAGAAGAAAAAAUUGAAGAAUCUUGGAAAGAGCAAGAGCACCGAUACGGAGGAGGAAGACGCCGAGGAUGAUCAGGACGAUGGAUUCUCAAGAGCUUCCUACUUCAAGUCGAAAGUGAAAAACAAAGGAACGUGUAUGCAAUUUUGGCGAGCCGAAAAGAGAUUCAGAUUUUGGAUACGUAAUUCCGUGAAAUCGCAGAAUUUCUAUUGGUUCGUCAUCGUCCUGGUGUUCUUCAACACCGUUUGCGUAGCCGUCGAGCAUUACGAUCAGCCACAGUGGCUUACCGAUUUUCUCUAUUACGCGGAGUUUGUGUUCCUCGCCCUGUUCAUGAUGGAAAUGUUCAUAAAGGUAUACGCGCUCGGUCCUCGCACAUACUUCGAGUCGAGCUUCAAUCGCUUCGACUGCGUCGUCAUCUCGGGCUCGAUCUUCGAGGUGAUCUGGUCCGCGGUGAAGUCCGGCUCUUUCGGCCUCUCCGUCCUACGUGCCCUUAGACUCCUGAGAAUUUUUAAGGUCACCAAAUACUGGAAGAGCCUGCGGAACCUCGUAAUAUCGCUCCUCAGCUCGAUGCGUAGUAUCAUUUCCCUUCUCUUCCUGCUCUUCCUUUUCAUUCUCAUAUUCGCGCUGCUCGGAAUGCAGCUCUUCGGUGGCCAGUUCAAUUUCGAUUCCGGGACGCCACCAACAAACUUCAAUACUUUUCCCAUCGCGCUGCUUACUGUCUUCCAAAUCCUUACUGGAGAAGACUGGAAUGAGGUGAUGUACUAUGGUAUCGAGUCACAGGGCGGUCACAGAAAAGGCAUGAUGUACUCGCUCUAUUUCAUCGUGUUGGUGCUCUUCGGCAACUAUACGCUGCUGAAUGUCUUCUUGGCUAUCGCCGUCGAUAAUUUGGCUAAUGCCCAGGAGUUGAGCGCCGCCGAGGACGAGGAGAAGGAGGAGGACAAGGAGAAACAAUUACAGGAACUCGAGAAGGAAAUCGAAUCCUUGCAAAAGCCGAACGAUGGUAACGCACCGAAGGUGGAAAUCUGCCCUCCGAGUCCGAAUCAGAAUUUCAAAGACGGUAAAGGUGGAAAACAGGCGUCCGAAGAGAAGAAGCAGGAUGAAGACGAUGACACGGGACCAAAACCAAUGCUGCCAUACUCCUCCAUGUUUAUACUAUCCCCUACGAAUCCCGUAAGAAGAGCCGCCCAUUGGGUCGUCAAUCUAAGGUACUUCGACUUCUUCAUCAUGGUGGUAAUAUCAUUGUCGAGUAUCGCGUUGGCCGCCGAGGAUCCUGUAUGGGAACACUCGCCGAGGAACGAGAUCCUCAAUUAUUUCGACUACGCGUUCACCGGUGUCUUCACCAUCGAGAUGAUCCUGAAAAUCAUCGAUCUCGGGGUCAUAUUACAUCCUGGCUCGUAUCUACGCGAGUUUUGGAACAUUAUGGACGCGGUGGUCGUAAUAUGCGCCGCGGUGUCGUUCGCUUUCGACAUGACCGGUAGUUCAGCGGGACAAAAUCUCUCAACGAUCAAGUCGUUAAGGGUAUUACGUGUGUUAAGACCGCUUAAGACGAUAAAAAGAGUGCCCAAGCUCAAGGCGGUAUUCGACUGCGUCGUGAACAGUUUGAAAAAUGUCAUAAACAUUCUCAUAGUGUAUAUAUUAUUCCAAUUCAUCUUCGCUGUGAUCGCGGUACAACUGUUUAACGGAAAAUUCUUUCACUGCAGCGACGAGAGCAAGUAUACGAAAAAGGACUGCCAGGGUCAAUACUUCGUCUACGAGGAGGGUGUCAUGCUGCCAGAACCCAAGAAAAGGGAGUGGACGUCUCAAUGUUUUCAUUAUGACAACGUUAUGGCAGCUAUGCUGACGUUAUUCGCUGUCCAAACAGGCGAGGGCUGGCCACAAAUCUUGCAGCACUCGAUGGCGGCCACUUACGAGGACCAGGGUCCCAUUCAAAACUUUCGCAUCGAAAUGUCCAUUUUCUAUAUCGUCUAUUUCAUCGUCUUUCCAUUUUUCUUCGUCAACAUCUUCGUGGCCUUGAUUAUCAUCACGUUUCAAGAGCAGGGAGAAGCCGAGCUUCAGGAUGGCGAGAUCGAUAAAAAUCAGAAAUCAUGUAUAGACUUUACGAUACAAGCUCGCCCCCUCGAGAGGUACAUGCCGAAGAAGCUAAACGGCGUAAAGUACAAAAUUUGGAGGAUAGUCGUAUCGACACCGUUCGAAUAUUUUAUCAUGAUACUCAUCGUACUAAAUACAUUACUGCUAAUGAUGAAGUUCCAUCGGCAAAGCGAGGCGUACAAGAACACGCUGAAGUACAUGAACAUGUGCUUCACGGGGAUGUUCACCGUCGAGUGCAUACUGAAGAUCGCCGCUUUUGGCGUCAGGAACUUCUUCAAGGAUUCUUGGAACACGUUCGACUUCAUUACGGUGAUCGGCAGCAUCGUGGACGCACUUGUCAUCGAAUUCGGGGAGCGGUUUUCGAGUGUGCCAAGUGGUGGCCAGCUAAGCGAAAAGAAGGAGAAUUUCAUCAACGUCGGCUUUCUUAGGCUCUUUCGUGCCGCCAGACUGAUCAAGCUGCUACGACAGGGAUACACGAUACGAAUUUUACUCUGGACCUUCGUGCAAUCCUUCAAAGCCUUGCCUUACGUUUGUCUCCUCAUCGCGAUGCUCUUUUUCAUCUACGCCAUCAUCGGUAUGCAGGUAUUCGGUAACAUCGAGCUGGGUGCUGACAGUUCUAUUAACAAGCACAACAAUUUCCAAAGCUUCAUUCAAGGUCUGAUGCUACUUUUUCGGUGUGCAACUGGAGAAGCUUGGCCGAACAUCAUGUUGGCCUGCAUAAAGGGUCGACCUUGCGACGUUAAAGCAGGGAAACAGGAACCAGGUGGUUGCGGUUCUAACAUCGCCUAUGCCUACUUCGUCUCGUUCAUCUUUUUCUGCUCGUUUUUAAUGCUGAAUCUUUUCGUCGCCGUUAUAAUGGACAAUUUCGAUUAUUUAACGAGAGACUCGUCGAUUCUCGGCGCGCAUCAUCUCGAUGAAUUCGUGCGAAUAUGGGCGGAAUAUGAUCCAAAGGCAACCGGUAAGGUACUCUACAAUGAGGUCUACGAUAUGCUUAAGGUUAUGGAUCCGCCAUUGGGGUUUGGCCAAAAGUGUCCUAACAGGCUCGCUUACAAAAAACUCAUUAGAAUGAACAUGCCCGUUGAUUCUGACGGGAAGGUCAACUUUACAACAACGCUAUUCGCACUGAUACGAGAGGAUCUUAGUAUUAAAAUGAGAUGCGCCAAUGAGAUGAAACAAGCGAACGAGGAGCUCAGAGAUACGAUUCGAAGUAUCUGGCCUCUGCAAGCGAAAAAGAUGUUGGACCUUUUGAUACCUAGAGACGAAGAGGUAGGCAGAGGAAAGCUCACCGUCGGUAAGAUAUACGUCGCUCUCAUGAUUAUUGAAAAUUGGAAGACGACGAAGUUCGGUCGGGAAAAGCCAUCCGGACAGAACGAUAACGAUCUUAUCGAUAACGAUAAUGCUGGGCAAAGUCCUGCAGCCCAGGCGCAAUCGACCCUCUACAACUGCCUGAUGGACAUGGCGGUGGUUAACCACACCGGAAAUAGCCACGCAACCGGAAGUAGGGCGAACAGCCUUGAACCGGUGAUACGUCCGACAACGGAGAUGAAGCACGAUCGGCACAAGGACUUCCGUGACGAGGAGGAAGGGACCCUAGGGGCCCUAGCAGCCGCCGAGCAUAGACGACAGCAUAGCAUCAGAAACAAAAAGGUGAACUGGAAGAUGUCCCACCAGUACGAUAUACUAGGCAGCAGCGGAGAGAGUAGCCAGGGAGGGGGUGGGUCUGGGGUUGUACUCGUAGUUAAUGGCGAGGAUCGCGCCCCCGAGCUAGAGCCAUUGCUGGCUGAGGUGCCCUCCCAGCAGGAUCACGACUACUACUACCAUCACCAUCACGACCAAUACUACGAUACCGACAAUGAUCAAUACUAUGACCAUCACCACCACCACCACCACCACCAUCACCAUCAUCAUCAUGAUCACCGACCACCCUCGUACUACCAACACCAGACCACCUACGCACCUCGCUCCUCGAUCCGUUACCACAAGAUGGACCUGCAGGAUGUCGUAGUUAGCGACUCGCGUGCCGGUAGUAUCGAGAGUCUAACGCAUUUCAGUGAGAGACUUCAUCCCCAUCAUCCGUCGACGCAUCCACCGAGACAUCAUUCGCGAUCGCCAAGCUUAAGGAGACAUUCGCCGAUCAUGCACAGAUCGCCAUCGCCAAGGCGACACAGACACGACCAUCAUGGAUAUUAUCACGAAGGACCAGGCUUUAGCGAUACGGUUAGCAACGUCGUCGAGAUUCAAAGGCAUCAUCAUCAUCAUCCACAUUCCAUACAAUAUAAUCGACAUAGGAUACGAGACUAUUACGACCACUGCGACUAUUACGACGAUGGUCCAUGGAGCGCUUCGACGAGUCCCGCGAGAUCACCCAGUCCGGUUCAUCGGAUAGAUCGUGGGGAACAUUAUGGUACGACCAGCUUGGAACAACGCUCUAGGAGUCCAAGUCCUAUCGGUGGUCGUACACCGGCACAUCCCCAUCAUCAUCAUCGUCAUCCGUCGCAUCAACACAGCUAUCCGGUUUUGGUAGCAAGAAGAGGCCGUCGAUUACCACCGACGCCUAACAAACCGUCGACGUUGCAAUUAAAACCGGCGAAUAUUAAUUUCCCAAAGCUUAACGCAUCGCCGACUCACGGACCACACAUGGUAGGAGGUCCGCAUGUACCGGCGGUACCGGUUGGCAUACCUCAUCCUACUACAGGUCAUAUGCAACCAUCGAUGCAACCGAGUCACUGUCUGCUCAGUUUUGAGCAGGCCGUGGCAAUGGGCCGAGGAGGUCGUCUACUUCCGAGUCCUGUGCCGAAUGGUUACAAACCGCAGCCCCAAUCGAAGCAACGUAUGCCAAGGUCAAGACAUUCCGACAGCGACGAGGAUGACUGGUGCUAGCCAAAGUGGGACCCUGGACGGUGGUCCGGCGACGUGGACGCCCCCAGGCGUCUUUGGGUCUGUGCGUGAAUCGUCUGCGUGAAUCGUCCACGUGCGACGUGCAUUGACUUUCUUGUUACGAUCGCGUUAACGCGAUCGAUCGAUCGAUCGAUCUCUAUCGAACGUGAGGAUCGACACGAAGGAUAUGCGGCUGCUUAAGGCUGCUUCUCGCGAAUACGCAACGAAACGAGAUAAUACGAGAUAGAUAUUACGAGAAAUAAGCCGAGAUAAUAGAGAGAAAGGGAUAGAAAAAAAGAGGGAAGGAUAAUAGGAAAGCGUUACGAUUAGAAUCGAUUAGGAAAAAGGAUUGACUAAGUCGGCGAAACGAAAAUGAGUUUGACUCUUCGUUGGAGACCGAUCGCAAAUGUUUAGGUAAAAGUGAAAGUAAAAUGUUAUGGUGCUUUCAAUUUGCGAGAUAUAAAUAAAUAGAGAAGGGGGGAGGGGUGAAACAAAAGAGAGAAGUGGGAAUGAAAGGGGUGGAUUUGGGCCUUGUUUUGAAAAAAAAAAAAAGGGGAAUUGAAAAGAUCGUAAGAAAGGGAAAAAAAAAGAAACGGAAAAAAGAAAAGGGAGAGAGAGAGAGAGAGAGAGAGAGAGUGAAAGAGAGAAAAGGCAAAAAAGAGAUAAACAAACAAAUAUAUAAAUAAAUAAAUAAAUAAAUAAAUAAAUAAAUAAAUAAAUAAAUGAAAUACGUAAUAUACACGUCGUGAACGCAUCCACGUUAGAAGCGUUCGUACUGAAAAAUGUUCGUAUCGCAUUCGGUGAUAACGCGAAAUCGGACGACGGACGCUUCGUUUGUUUUUUAACGAUAUCUUCGCUGCGGCCAUUCCAAUCGGCGAAUCGGGACGAGAGGAGGGUCCACUUUUUAUACGAUAAUUAACCAACGAUAACAACAACAACAACUACAACAACAACAACAACAACAACAACAACAAUUGGAAGAAGAACUAACAAGAAAACUAAAGAGAGAGAAAGAGAAAAAAAGAGAGAGAGAGUGAGAGUUAGAAACAGAGACAGAAAGAGAGAGAGAGAUAGAGAGAGGGAGUGAAAGAUACUCUGCGAAUGUGAAAAUAGCAACAACAACAACAACAACAACAACAACAACAACAAUAUAAUAAAACAAAACAAAAAUUAAAUACGAAACGAAAGAGACAAUGUGUGGGUGCCGGAUUAUUUUUCGUGUUUAAAAAAAAAAUAUAUAUAUUAUAUAUAUAUAUAUAUAUAUAUAUAUAUAUAUAUGUGUAUAUAUAUUCAUAUAACGCGAAAUUGUCAAUGCCCGAAAAAAAGAGACCAAUGACGACGGGUCUUCUAUUAGUUUUUUUUCGUACUAUCUUUCUUUCUCCCUUUCCAUCCCUCUUUCUCUCUUUCCCUCAUUUUCUCUCUCUCUCUCUCUCUCUCUCUCUCUCUCUCUCAUCCUCUCCCUUUCACUUUUUUCUCUCUCUCUCUCUCUCUCUCUUUCUUUCUUUUACAUUUUCUUUCUUUCCUUCGUUCGUCGCUUUUGUUUAAUCACGAAAUAAACAAAUGGCGUAUAUAUGGUCUGUGUAUUUUGCGGGAAGGGCAGAGAGGGAGGCGAGGACGGCGAAGAAAGCAACGAACAAUAACGAUAAGAGAAAGAGAGACUUCAAUAGAACAGUGAAUGUUCGUAAAUAUUAUACACGUUUUUCUUACGACGUGUUAGAAGACGCGAUUACGACGUAUGCAUUUUGAAGGAUGAAAAAAAAAAGGAAAAAAUGGGUGGCCUCAUGAAAAUGAAGAAAUCAGCGAUUAUUAAGAAGUAUUACGGGAGUGCGUGUGAACGAUAAAAGAAUGAUAAGAUAAGGAAGAAAGAGUAGGAGAAGGAGAAGAAGAAGAAGAAGAAGAAGAAGAAGAAGAAGAAGAAGAAGGAGGAGGAGGAGGAGGUGCGAGCUUAUGUCAUUAUACGAGAUUCGGUCGAACGUAAACGUCGGAAAAUCAUUCUGAUUGACGCGCGUAAACGCGCGAACGUAAAUAAAUAAAAUCAUGUUAAAUUAGCUCGUAGAUAGAUAAAUAUGUACGUUGGUGAAACGUUUUUCUAACGACACCCGUUGGAAAUUCUGACAGAUACGAAAGAUAAGAAAUUUACGUGAAAGAGCUAAGUAAGGAAUUAUAGUUUAAAAGGGAUAAAGAGUCAAGGAUAAAAUCGAAAAAUCGCCGAUCUAUUAAAAGAUCAUCGUUGUUCGAAAACAUCGAUCACCGUUCGUUGCUUUAUCCUACGUUACAACGAUUCUCUGUUAAAGGAAAAAACACGUAUACACGUACACACACAUACACA